GGAGUACUUGAACUCAGCACGGGACCUCACCAACUGUCAUGGCGUCUCCCUUGAAGGGGGAUUGGUGCUGGAGAAAGUAACCGCAGUCAUUUAUCCGUUUUGUCCUGCGUACAGAGCAGCUAUCCCCGACUGAAGAGGCUUUUGGGAGCGGAUAGCUACCAUGGGGACUGUCCAUGCUAAGAGUCUGGACCCUCUCCCGAUGCAUGGCCGGGACUUGGGCGUCAACCCUGAUGACUUGGUGGAGCCCCCAGAAAUGGAGCAUGAGGCCAAGCAGGAGAUCCUCGAAAACAAAGAUGUCGUGGUCCAACAUGUCAACAUCCAGGGUCUUGGAAGAACUAAAGAGGAUCUGCUCGGCUAUGAGAUCUCUGAUGUUUUCCACGCCAAAAACCUCAUUGACGUGAUGAAGAAAGCUCACGUUGCCAGACAGAAGCUGCUCCGCCUGGGAAUCUUCAAAGAGGUGGAGGUUCUUAUCGACACGUCUGAUGGUACGGACGCUCUGCCCAACGGUCUGGAUGUAACUUUUGAGGUGACGGAGAUAAAGAGGCUGACAGGAAGCUAUAACACCAUGGUCGGCAACAAUGAAGGAAGCAUGGUGCUGGGUCUGAAGUUGCCCAACAUGUUGGGCAGAGCUGAGAAACUCACCUUUCAGUUCUCCUAUGGGACCAAGGAGACAUCAUACGGCCUGUCCUUCUUCAAGCCCCAGCCCGGACACUUUGAACGCAACCUCACCCUCAACAUGUACAAAGUCACCGGCCAGUUCCCAUGGAGCUCCUUAAAAGAGACCGACAGAGGCAUGUCGGCAGAAGUCAAUUUUCCUCUCGGGAUGACCAACCACACGUUGAAGUGGGAGGGUGUGUGGAGGGAGCUGGGCUGCCUGGCACGCAGCGCUUCCUUCGCCGUGCGAGAGGAGAGCGGACACUCACUCAAGUCUGCCCUCUCGCACACUGUGUCAGUCGAUUCAAGGAAUUCUGCCAUUUUCCCCAACAGAGGUGCCUUACUCCGCAUCAACCAGGAACUGGCUGGGUACACCGGAGGAGACGCCAGCUUCUUGAAAGAGGAUUUUGAGCUGCAGCUCAACAGACGGCUCUUCUGGGACUCAGUCCUGUCUGCUUCUCUGUGGGGAGGGAUGCUUUAUCCGUUGGGGGGACAGCCAUCCUGCAUCGCCGACAGGUUCUACCUAGGAGGCCCCACCAGUGUACGAGGGUUUGGGAUGUACAGCAUCGGACCACAGAGUGAAGGUGACUAUCUGGGUGGAGAGGCCUACUGGGCAGGUGGCCUGCACCUCUACACCCCACUGCCCUUCAGACCAGGCAAGGGCGGCUUCGGAGACCUUUUCAGAACACACUUCUUCCUCAAUGCAGGCAAUCUCUGCAACCUCAACUAUGGUGACGGUCCACGGGCACACCUUCAGAAGCUAGCAGAGUGUAUUCGCUGGUCGUACGGAGCGGGCAUCGUGCUGCGACUCGGGAACAUCGCCAGACUGGAGCUCAACUACUGCGUGCCCAUGGGAGUUCAGAGUGGAGACAGGAUAUGUGACGGCGUCCAGUUUGGCGCAGGAAUCCGCUUCCUGUGACCUCAUCACUCCACUGUCCUCAGUACUCCAGCAGAGGCUGUGACGCGGAAAAGGGAGAACGUGUUGUUGUUUUGUCACCUGUAACUUGUUUUAGAGUGUGUAACACUAGCAUGGGUCAUAUGUCUUGGCGAAUUGUGCCUGACCCCCCCCCCCCCACCCCCUCCUUUGAUAUGCGCCAGUUGAGGCUUUGAUACAACAAAGUGUCGGUGCUGGGAGAACACAACUAGUGAAACUUUUUACAGUACAAACUGAACAGGCUUUCUUACCGAUCUGAGAGACGAAAGUAACCAGAUAUAAGAUUUCUUUAGCAGCAACCACAAGACAUGACGACAGCUACGGCAAAGAUACAAUGGUAUUAUAUUAUGGUAGAUCUUUGCAGCAUCAUAUCAGCAUUUAUUCUCUUCGAUAGACUUGAAUUAUGUUUUAGUUUUUUUUGUCUUUGGUUUGAAAUCUCCAGCGCUGGCACCUUGUCUGUGGAAAAGUCGUCCGCUAGUGAUUUCGCCCACUGUGUUUCCUGUGGUGACACAAAGUUAACUUAUUCUCCAGAAUGUUAGAGAUUUUUUGGCAUGUUUCCCUGUUUGCCUUCCAGGACUGCUUCUUGUCCAGGAGCACGACUUUUUAAAAUUAUUUUGUUUUGACACCACAACACACUCUUCUGAACUGACGGGUUUCGUUAAGAGUUGUACUACGUGAUUGAAUGAUUGCAAAGGCAGCCAGAAAACAGCACUUUUUAAUCAAAACUGGGGUGUUCGAAGGGGAAUCAACCCUAGUGCCAAAGCAGUUUGUUCCGAUGUCUGACGUGAAGAAUGGCGGGUUGGUCUCUGGGGCUGACAGCAGAGGUUGGACCCUCCCCCCCCGAGCAACAUCCACCACCAGUGCUCUUACCGUUAGUCCUCUUUUUGAUGUUGUUGAAGAUAUUCACAAAUAAAUCACAGCUGCUCCCCUGGUU